UUAAUUAUAAAUAUGUAAGCUUGUAGCGCAGUUAAAGUUUAAUUUUUGUAAAAAUAUCUAUUUACUGUACAACUCCAUUCAUCUCUUAAAUAUCGUUUUAUAUUCUGCUGCGUUUUUUUUCCACAUCGUAAGUUUAUUUCAAAAUAAACUCAAAAGGACUUUUUUCCCUGUACCCCAUACAUCGGGAUCGAUAUUCCGAACUUCUCAUUAGUGAAACCGGAAGUAGUGUAAUAAACAAUGAGCAAGGAGUAAGGUUUACAUCAACGUUUUACAUGGUCAACUCAAAUCAUUUUAAUGAAAAAAAUAUGAAAUAAUCAGCACCAGAAACAAAACUUCCAAAGAAAGAAUGUUGGAGAAGAUCAGAAGAUGGACAGUUUGAGUGUAGAAUGUGCAAGAGAAAAUUGACAACAAAACAAAGAGUGUUGACACAUCUGAAUUUAGUCCAUAAUUUGACCCCAAUAAGGAAUGAAAAAAAAAAGUACAAAUAUGACAGUGCUGCAACUGUUCCUAGAUCAACUGUGUAUCGAUGGAGAAAAAAAAAAGAUGUUCAUGGUAACACAUCUGCAAAAAGGACUCUUUUCCAGGAAUCUCAGUUUAUCACAGAAAAUCAAAGUGAGGAAGCAGGUGCAGAUCCAGAUCUCUUGGCAUCACUUGAAAAUUCAAGCUCCGAAGAAGUUGAAUCACAGGAGGUCUUUCUGGACUCUUCAGAAAAUCACAUGUACUCCCAUCUUUUAGCAGAUCAAUGUUUAGCCUCUUGUAAUGCCAAACCAUCUAAAGAUUUCCAACUUUUAACAGACCAGGAGAUUUCAUCUAGCAAUACCAGCAAGACAGAGAAAGAUAUGGUGGUUCAGGUUAAUGAUGAACAGUCAAUCAUACAUGAAAAUGAGACAUCAGAUACAGAAAGUGAUAUCUCUUUUCAGUAUGAUUCCUUAGAUAAUCAUUUUGAAACAAAAUCUAUUGAUUUUUCAUCAUCUAAUUCUUGUGAUUUCUCGUCUGACUCUAAUGACACAGAUUCAAACGCAGCAUCAUUCUCGGAAUCUUGUUCGUUGGACUCGGAUACUGAAACUUUUUCAAAUGAAAGUGACUCUGAUAUAAUACCUGAAAAUUCAGAAAAUAAUCUAAAUAUGCCUAAGAAGGAAUACCAGGCACUCUCUCUAUUAUCAUGCUUCUUAAGGAAUAAAUUUUCAGCAAGUGCAAGUAAAGAUGUAAUUGAUACAUUAAAGAAAACUUUUCCAAAAUCAGAAGAAGUAUGUGCUCUGGACUGGGAUGAAAUGUUAUCGCACACAGAUAAUACUCCUAUGCAUGAGAUUCACUACUGUACUCUCUGUAACAAAGUUUUUCCUGUUGAAGAUGAUGAUGUGUUUCAAUGUCAGAGUCGGGACUGUGACGGGCUCCGUUACAAAGGCCCUUUAAGCAAACAACAAACCAAAACAAGACAACCAAGGCAGGUCUUCGUUUUUGCAGAUGUAGGAAAACAAUUAAUGGAUUUACUACAGACACCAGGAAUAUGGGAAGAUAUUCAAGAGACAAAACAAAAGGCAUAUGAUAGAAUGAAUACAGGAUGCAGCCUUUUAACAGACAUCUCAGAUGGACAAGGAUACAGGAAAUUGAUGCAAGAUGGAUAUCUAGAUAGUAAUAAUUUGACUGCAAUUUUCAACACAGAUGGGGUAAACUUAUAUUCUUCAUCUAAAAUAGAGUUAUGGCCAAUAUUUUUGGCCAUAAAUGAGCUGAGCCCCCCAAAACGUUUUUCGCGUGAAAACAUUCUUCUAGCUGGGAUGUGGCAGGGCAAGGGAAAACCACCAUUUCAGGAAUACUUCAAAGUUUUCAGUGAAUUUAUGAAUGCUUUAUAUGUUGAUGGUGUUGAUGUAUGCAUAAGUAACAAAAAUUAUUCUAUAAAGCUGAAGAUUGUUUGUGGAACCAUGGAUUUACCAGCAAAGGCAGAACUAUUAAACAUGUCCUAUUUCAAUGGACCAUAUCCAUGUAUUACUUGUGAGGAGGAGGGGAAAACAGUCAAACAAGGAAAAGGAACUGCUAGAUGUUUACCAUUUAGGAUUCCCGGGUCCCAACCCACGCAGCGGAAACAUGAUUUACUAGUUGAAAACAUGAGGAGUGGUACACCAAAUAAUCGUUCAAAGGGAAUGAAAGGAAUGUCUGGAAUUUCUUACUUAAAAGAUUUUGAUAUUGUUGCAGGAAUAGUACCAGAUUACAUGCAUGGUGUUUGCUUAGGCAUUGUAAAAUCUUUGAUGUGUAAGUGGUUUUCAACGAAAAAUAAAGCAGCAGAUUACUUUGUUGGAGAAAACAUACAGGAAAUAUCACGACGUAUGGAAAGUUUAAAACCCCCUUACAGCAUUGAAAGACUUCCAAGAAACUUGGAGAAACACUACCAACACUUUAAAGCGACGGAAUUACAAAGUUGGCUUCUUUAUUACGCAUUGCCAUGUAUAGAAGAUUUUUUGGAUGAUCAAUUUCUUGAGAAUUAUUCUUGUCUGUCUGAAAGUAUAUAUAUUUUACUUGGUGACAAAAUAUCUCAGACAGACAUAACCCGUGCAGAAGAUCUUUUGCAACAAUUCUAUUCUUCAUUUGAAAGGUUAUAUGGGGAGGGUUCAUGUGGUCUAAAUGUUCACAACACUGGAUUGCAUUUGAGUCACUUUGUAAAACUUUGGGGUCCCAUGUGGUGUUGGAGUUGCUUUCCAUUCGAGGAUAUUAAUGCUAUGCUUUUAAAAUCUGUUCAUGGAACUGGGGUUGUUUUGAAACAGGCCAUGAAAUAUAGACAAGCGCAGCUAUGUAUAAGGAGAAAAGGAUUACAACUAAGAAAGUGUGACAGUUUAAAAGUAACCUACAAUGCUAAUAACUGUGAUGUAGCUGGAUCUUUGCAGCCUCUUCAACAACACGAAUUGGAAGAUUCGGUGAAAGCAGCUCUUUUAGACAUCAUACCAGAAAAUUUGCGUGUUUUGAAAAAAGUUAAUAGAAUAGUUGUAAAUCAGAAGAGGUUUUAUUCUGAAGAAUAUAGCCGGAUGCAGAAACGUAUCUGUACUGUAGUUUUAUACGGAAAUAAUGACAUUGGAAAGAUCAAAUACUUUGUUUUAUGUGAGUACUCUAAGUGUGUGUAUGCCGUGCUUGAACAAAUGCAAAUUGAAGCUCGAGUUUCAAAUCACUGCAUAGCUGUUACUUCAAUUGCGCAGAACUGUGUUGUGACAAAUGUUACAAAUCUGAAAGAAGUGUUGGUAUUUUUAGAUGUUAAGUCUAGAAAUAGACAAUUUGUGAUCCGGAUGCCCAAUUCUUAUGGACACGCAAUUUUCAAAUAACUGACGGAAUGAUCUUAAACAGUGAGAUCAGCUGAGUUGUUUAUUUCGCAGAUUUGGUUGUACACAAGAACAUGUAUUUGUUAAAGGUGGUAAUCUUAGUAACAAACUUGAUUCUUCUCACUGGUACAAAAAAGAAAAAAUCAUGUUAUUUAUUAUAUUUUACUGUUGAAUUGUUUUUUAGCUGAACUGCAAACAACCUAAGUAAUUUAAUGAUAUAUGUCAAUAAGCAUAUUUGAAAGAUGCCAUUAUCGGUAAUCACCACAUAUUUCUCUAAAACUUUUUUUUUUCUUUCGUCAGAACCUUCUUAUCCCAGCAUUUCUUCACUUCUGCAUGAAAAUUAAAGGAUUAAGCAAUUGUACAAUACAUGAUAAGAGUAAGAGAGUCCAUGUUGAUGUUAAACCUGUGUACAUAUUUAUUAUGUCGUUGAAUGCAAUGUGAGAAUAAAUUAUUGAUCAUUGUAAAUUGACAGGAUUAUCUGUACUAAAAUAGUUCUAGAUUUGUUCCUUAAAAAUGUUGUGACAGGUCUGUAACAGAUCAGUUACAGAUUUGUACCCAUUGUCCAUCAUCCAAAUACGAUGACCUUU